AUGUACACCAAUCAAGAAUAUGUGAAUAUGAUGAUGGUACUUGGGUUCUAUGAAGAAAAUUGCAAUGAAGCAGCCCGGGUAUACUCAGCAAGAUUCGCUGACAUAACCCACCCAUCGCCGGGAGUUUUUAAAAGGAUGAUGGUCAGAGCUAGAGAGACUGGAUCUCUAAUUCCCACGGCAGGUCCUGACCUUGGUCGGCCUCCAGAGAUUGUACCCGAAGCCGAUGAGUUAAUCAUCCAGCUGAUUCAAGAAGAUCCAAUAAGAAGUACCAGAGGGAUUGCUCAGGAGCUUGGCAUGUCCCAGACAUCUAUAACCAGGCGAUUAAAGAAGGAGGAGUCCAAAAAUCUUGCAAAUUAA